CAAUUAUCGCUGCCAUUUGCUCAUCACUAACCAGCCAGUGCAUAUGUAACAACUAUUUUUUGUAUUUCUCGGGAAAUCUGUUAAUUUUUUAGCCAAAAAACAUGGCAACAAGCGCCAAACUGAUGCUGGGCAGCAGUCUCUGCCAAAGGCUAAGCCAGCUCACCAGGCAAAUACACAUGCAACCGGCACUUUUGUCUAGUUUUCGUUCAUCCCGCGAAGUUCAGGAGCUCGACAAGUAUCCUGAAGUAGAGGUGGUGGCCAAUCCGCCCGAGUGGCGUUUUGUGGAGCGUUUGCUGCCAGCGGAAACAGUACCACAGCCGGUGGAGAAGCCAAAAUAUCCAUCCGGUUGGCGGCCACAAAAGGAGGAUGGCUCGGAACUGGGUUACCAUGUGGCCAGGACGAAGAAUCACAUGGUGCCCGUAUAUCUGCACACCAGGUUCCGUGGCCAGCGCAGGAUCACGGUGGUGCGACGCGUCCAAGGAGACAUCUGGUCGCUGGAGAAGGAUCUGCGAGCGGUGGUGGAGCAGUCGCGAAACGGCAAGCUCUGCGCCACGAGAAUCAACGAGCUGAGCGGUCAGAUACACUUCCAUGGCGACCACGUGGAUGUCCUGCGCGACUAUCUCAAGGAGAAGGGCUUCUGAAGGUCCACAAAUGUCGCGUCUGUGCCGCAAUAAACGCUUUUCUGUUGAUUUAAAUCA